AUGGUGAAAGAACAAGGACUAUACAAUUUAUUGGGUAUAUCACCAUCGGCCUCUGAUGCUGAGAUCAAGAAAGCCUAUCGUAAGAUGGCAUUGAAGUAUCAUCCAGACAAGCCGACAGGUGAUACUGAAAAAUUCAAGGAGAUUUCUGAGGCAUUUGAUAUACUGUCAGACUCCGACAAAAGGGAAGUCUAUGACCAGUACGGCCUGGAAGCGGCCAGAGGAAACGCACCUGCUGGUGGUAAUCCAUUUGCUGGUGCUGGUGGCCCAGGAGGCGCUGGUGGCCAAACAUUCAGUUUUGGCGGUUCUGGUGGUGGGCAUACCUUCUCCCAGGCUGAUGCUUUCAAUAUAUUUGAGCAAUUCGGUGGUUUCGGUGGCCUAGGAGGCAUGGGUGGUGGAAUGGGCGGAAUGGGAGGUGGAAGAGGUGGUUCUCCAUUUGGAGGAGGUGGGGCCUCUUACAUGAAGAUGCCAGGCGGGUUUGGCGGAGAGUCCCCAAGUUCGUAUGGUUCCCAGGUUGAGCCCGAAGUAGUGACUUUGAAAUUAAAUUGUACUCUUGAGGAGUUAUUCAAUGGUGCCACAAAGAAAAUGAAACUGAACCGAAAGGGUGCUAACGGUGUUAAGGAAGAAAAGAUCUUAUGCAUUGAUUUAAAACCUGGUUGGAAAUCGGGCACCAAGAUCAACUUCACUAACGAAGGUGACUAUCAGCCUGAAGCACGUACUAGACAGACGAUCCAGUUCAUCAUAGCAGAGAAACCUAACGAUACAUUCAGAAGAGACGGUGAUGAUUUGCAUUACACUAUUCCAUUGACCUUCAAAGAGUCUCUUCUAGGAUUUGAUAAAGAAAUCAAAACCAUCGACGGUAAGAGAAUUCAUGUUAGCAAAUCCCAACCAAUUCAGCCCACACAGACCAUCAACUACCCAGGUCUGGGAAUGCCGAUCAGUAAGAAACCGGGCCAGCGUGGAGAUUUGAUCGUGCACUACAAAGUGGACUAUCCUAUAAGUUUAACAAGAGAUCAAAGAGAUGCCAUUUCCAAAGCGUUUUAA